GUCUAUCUGCCGGGUCGAUCGCGGGCGCUGGAGGAGGAUGAGGAGUUGGUCAUGGAUAAGGCCGCCUACCGUCUGUAUUAUCAACUGCAUGUGGAGGCACCUUGUCUUAGCUUUGACAUCCUUCUUGACUGCCUCGGCGAAAAUAGGGCUGUUGAAGUCGACGGUGAUCCAGUGACCGCCUACAUGGUCUCUGGAACUCAGACCGCUCACAAAAAACCAAACAACCUGAUUGUGAUGAAGUUAUCCAACAUGAAACCAAUGACAAAGAAGGAAACAACCGAAAAGGAAGACAAUGAAGAUAGCAGUGAUUCGGACUCCGAUAGUGAGGAUCUGGACAGCCAACCCGAGCUUGAAUCCGCGAAGAUUCCACACAAUGGAACUAUAAAUCGGGUGCGGGCACAUCAGUUCAACGGUGUCUAUCUAACUGCAACUUGGUCCGAACUCGGUGAGGUGCAUAUUUGGGACCUCAGUCGUUCUCUGAGUGCUGUCAAUGACUCUGCCAUCAUGAGUGAAUAUGUACGCACUCGGGAGGCUCCUAGCCCCCUGUUCACCUUCAAGGGCCACCAGACAGAGGGCUAUGCUCUGGCCUGGAGUCCCCUAGCUAAGGCUCAGGGAUAUUUAGCCUCAGGUGACGUUGCGGGCGCCAUCCACAUUUGGCAACCGAGAGUAAGUUGA